AUUACUUUGCGGUCAUGCAUAAAAAAUGCGUGGUUGUGUAAUAGACAAAGUUUCACAGAAGUGGUGUGCCUUUAAAUUAUUUCCCAAGUAGGCUACUACGCAGGUCAGACAUUUUUCUAAGGGAAUGUUGUUGACAUAACUGAUAUGCUGUUUUCAUGUGAUAUUUGACGAAAUUAUAUGAGUGAAGAUGAGUGAAGACGUAUUUGAAGUUCCAGAGGGGAAUGAGUACCGUUAUCUGGUACAGGAAGAGGGAGAAGAGGAGAUCCAGUACUGUAGAAGGCACUAUGUCAGCCCUUUCCUUGUAGUCUCACGAAAAUGCAUGUUCCUGAUCACACUUGGAGUAGCCUUUCUGCUCACAUUGGCUGGCUACCUAGCCUAUUUGGCCCAGACUUUACCCCGUGGCCUGGUAGAGGUGAAUACAGAGUGCGGCUGGCUGCGUGGGCGUUGGAAGGAUGAAGCUUUCUCUUUUAAAGGCAUCCCAUAUGCAGCACCACCACUUGGCAAAAGGCGUUGGCAACCACCGGCUGACCUCCAAGAGGAGGGCUUAUGUUGGAGUGGGGUCAAAGAUGCCACACGUUUCCGUAGUUUCUGCGCCCAGGUGAGGCCUCUGAACAAGGAAGGUCAGGUCAUGGGGCAGGAGGACUGCCUCCACUUGAGUGUGUGGACACCCAGUCUCACCCCACCUACCCCUCUGCCUGUCAUGGUGUGGAUUCAUGGUGGAUACCUGCACAUGCUAAGUGGUCAGGAGAAAGGCUACUCUCCCACAGAGGAGCUAGCUGCCCGAACGCAAGCUGUUUAUGUGAGUUUGAACUACAGACUCAAUGCGUUUGGCUUCAUGGCCCUUGAGAUGCUCAGAGAAGGCUCCCCCUACAACACUUCAGGGAACUACGGCUUCAUGGAUCAGAUUGCAGCACUGAAAUGGGUUCAAAGAAACAUUCACGUGUUUGGAGGAGACCCAGGGAAAGUCACCAUAUUUGGCCAAAGCUCAGGUGGCACUUCGGUGUGGGCUCUUAUGGUGUCACCGUCAGCUAAGGGCCUCUUCCAUCGUGCAAUUGACAUGAGUGGCUCAUAUGUGCUUAAUGCCCCACUGGAGUCAGCAGAAAAGGACAACUUGGAGUUCCUGACGAAGACAGGAUGCAAAGAUGCAGACUGUCUGAGAGGAUUAACUAUAAGUCAGAUUCUCAAGGCUAUCCCAUGGCAGGAGUACCCAUCCUGGGCAGCUGACGAGUUAACAGAUCUUCCAGUCAAAGGGAAUUUCAUUGGUCCAGUUGCAGUUGUGGAUGGUCACGUCAUAACUGCCCCUCCCUUCAAGAUUUGGCAGAGUGGCAGUGGCUUCAAUGAUGUUCCCUUUCUGGUUGGGACUACAGAGCAGGAGACAGAUUUCAGCCCUCCUUAUGAUAACAUCAGUAUGUGGACAUGGGGAGAUUACAGGUGGCAUGUGACACAGAAAUUGACCCCAUUUGGAGAAAACAUCUCUGCCCAGGCCCUCAACCUAUACCCCAGCUCUGCUCAUUGCCCCACCUCAGACCGCUGUCCUGAGAGGCUAUACACCACCAUGGUGUCAGACAUGAGGGUCACCUGUCCUAAUAAUGACAUAACCAAGAGGGCCGCAGAGACACUGAAGAGUCCUGUGUAUCGCUACCUGGUGACCUACACGCCAUCUCAACAAGCCAACAUUUCUGGUUUUCCCUUCCACGCCCGUUUCUCUUUUCAUAUGUUGGACAGCUUGGCAUUUUUCGGUGGACUGAAAGAUUCUCUAGGGGUCCUAGCGCCAUCAGACAUAGCCUUUCAGGAAGUGGUUACUCAGUACUUCCUCCAUUUUGCCAGAGAAGGCAAAAUGCCUGAAGAAUGGACAGAGUAUCCCAGAGGCACCGCUCUGCUGGACCGAAACUUUUCUCUGGCUCAAAAUCACUCUGCUGACCGCUGCAAAUUAUGGGAGGACUAUGGCUUCUAUCCUUAUGCCUGGAUCAACUGAUUGAAGACCAAAGUAUUUCUGAGGAAAGUUUAUGAUUUUGUACAUUUGUUUCACCAUUGUAAUAUGUUGUGAGAAAGUCAGUCAGGAAGUUACAAUGAAUGUCUUUGAGUGUGCUGGGGAGUAAGCCAAUUGCUUGUUUGCACUAGGUUGGAAAUUAAGUAUAAGGAGUGACGGGUGACUGUUGAUAUGUAUAUAGAGAAGGAUUAAGAAGGGAUUAUUCCUAUUAUUUCUAUAAUAGGUGUGUUUGCAAAGUAAUUAAGUCAGUCCUGCUGACAAUCUACAUCUAUGGUCAUAGGUAUACAUUUUAAAUCAAAUUAAAAUUAUUUUAAAAAUCAAUGUUAUAUUCAAGAAACCACUGAUUGGACUAGUUGUCCAUCACAUUUAUGGGAUUUUUAAAUUUCAUAGUGUAUAUAUUUAUAUGGUGAUGCCUUGUUUGUUGUGCACUUCGUAUACCAGCUGAUGAAAGGGUUCGACUCAAUCAUCGUACCGGCGGAAAUUUGAAAUAGAAUCUAACCAAAGCUCUGAGCCUCCCGCAGCUGUGUCUACACUUCAGUCCCCCCUCAGAUCCCCACUCUUACUUAUGCUGUCUAUUAGAGGUGGAAUGGAAACAAGAAAAGUAGCCUUGGCCUCCCUUUGAGCAGAAAACAGGGGAUGAAAGGUUUCCACUGAAGAGAAAAGAUACAUGAAAGAGUUGACUUGGUAUUAGCAUUUAGUUGACUCAAAUCAAAGCAGGUCCUAAUAAUCCUAUCUAUUCUGUUUCUCAAUGGUGAGGUCAGUGCAGGUUUGGCUUAACCAACUGUUGAAUUACCACUUGAAUAUCCUGCUCAUUAAUUUGCUACCACUCAAUGUUUUUGUAUUUUUAUACAGCUUUGUUGUGUUAAGAUACCGUGGAUUGCUUUCACUCAUGUGUAUAAUGCUUACUCAGGUUACCAAUAAACACGUGAAAUUUUGUGGA